UCCGGCGGCUUCGUCCCGGUGCUACCCGACUGACUGACUCGCGCCGACGGUCGGGGCUUUGCUGUGCAGUAAUGGCGGCGCACCGGGGACCCUCCACGAAAUGGCUGUUCGCCCGGGAGCAGCUGGACAGCACGCCGUCGCGCCGCUGCGGGCUGGAGGCGGACCGGGAGCUGUCGUACCGCCAGCAGGCGGCCAACCUCAUCCAGGACAUCGGCCAGCGGCUCAACGUGUCUCAACUGAUCAUCAACACCGCCAUCGUCUACAUGCACAGGUUCUACAUGGUCCACUCCUUCACCAAGUUCCACCGAAACAUCAUCUCCCAGACCACGUUAUUCCUGGCAGCUAAAGUGGAGGAGCAGCCCAGGAAACUGGAGCACGUCAUCAAGAUCGCCCAUGCCUUCAUUAACCCCCAAGAGCCUGCCCUCGACACCAAAAGCACUGCGUUCCAGCUGCACUCGCAGGAGCUUGUAGCGCUGGAAACGAUAGUGCUGCAGACACUAGGUUUUGAAAUAACAGUGGAUCAUCCUCACACAGAUGUUGUAAAAUGUUCCCAGCUAGUGCGAGCAAGCAGGGACUUGGCACAGACUUCCUAUUUCAUGGCUACCAACAGUUUGCACCUCACCACCUUCUGCCUGCAGUACAGACCCACAGUGGUCGCUUGUGUUUGUAUCCACCUGGCGUGCAAGUGGUCCAACUGGGAGAUUCCCGUGUCCACGGACGGAAAACACUGGUGGGAGUACGUGGACCGCACUGUGACGCUCCAGCUGCUGGAUGAGCUCACUCACGAGUUUCUUCAGAUCCUGGAGAGGACGCCCAGCAAGCUGAAGAGGAUACGAAACUGGAGGGCCAUUCAAGCAGCUAAGAAACCAAAGACGGACGGCUCCAGCAUGGACAGCCCCUUCCAGGGAUCGUCCUUGGAGGGCCUUCCCGGCGUCAACAACUCCUUCUUCCCCGCCGGCUCGGCGUCAGACUCCGACAUGUCCGCCCUGAACGCCAUCGCCGCCCCCUACGCCAUGUACGAGCCGCUCAGCGACCAGUCCAAGUCGUGCGGCUACGACCAGUUCCCGCAGCCGCUGCACUCAGACUUGACGGUGGUGAAACACAAACACAAAGCGGCCGGGGGCUCCGGCGGCGACCAGCCGCUGGGCCUGAACACGGCCGCUUUUUCCCGCACGCAGAAAGUCUUGACUCUGGAAAAGUACCGAGAGAAACACGCGGCGGAGCUGGCGCAGCAGAACGGCUCCAAGGACGAGCCGGGCUCGGACAUGUACGCUCCUCCGGCCGCCGCCUCCUCGCACCACCUCAAGAAACGCUCGCAGCUGCAGCAGGCGGGGCAGGCGGGCGACGGCCGGAGAGAGAAGUCCAGCUCCAAGAAGGCGCGGCUCCCCGCCUCCUACCCCGACAACGGCUCCGGCAUGAGCGAGGAGCUCAAGAUGCGGAUCAAAGUGUCGUCGGAGCGCCACGGCGGCUCGGGGGAGAGCGGGACUCUGUCUGGCAAAGACAAGCACAAGAGCCACCGCCACUCCAAACACGGCCACUCCCACUCGUAUUCCCUCAGCGGCAACGGCAGAGCGGCCAUGGACGGAGCCUCCCUGUCCGUCCGGGCUUCCAGCAGCCACUCCAGCGACAGCAGCGCUUCCAGCUCGUCACGGAAGAGGCCCCACUCCGACGCCGACGGCCACCACCACCACAACCACCACGGCCACCACCACCACUCAUCCAAGAGCAGCCGCUCCUCCAAGGGCGGCCUGGCCGCGGCCCACUACUCAGACGGCGGCGCCAGGACCGUGGAGCACCACGACGGCACCAACGGCGUGUUCGUGUCCAACGGCCAACACACUGACUACAAAAACACUUUCGACAUGCUGGACUCCUUAUUAAGUGCCCAAGGUAUGAACUUGUAACUCGAGUUUGGUGUUUAGGAUAAGGUAUUGUUAUAUUUUAUAGAAUUUAAAAACAAAAACCAGAAAAAAAUGAAUUUAUUUGUCUUAAGUUAUCUACACUGAUUAUUGGUGAUUCUUAUCAAACCGUCAAAUGUAAAAUUAAAACACAUCGAGCUGUGUACUACUUCCUUGCAACACAAAAAACAUGUAUGAGGAGUUUUAAAGUCGUGACUGAAAGAAAAAUGUUUUUAAUGCAAGCUCGCAUUGAUUUUUUUAAUUUUUUUUUUUCUUUCUUUUAAACGUGCAUGUUUUCAGUCACAAAAAGGGAAGACGUAACUAGUGUUUGCAGCCAUCGUCACUGUUUACACUUAUUUUAAGUUAAAAUAUUUUGUUCCACUAAGAAAGAAAACGAAAAAAAUCUCAGGUUUAGAACUUUUUUGGAUUAAAAAGUAAAUCUUCUGCUUGUAUCUGUGGGGAUGUAUCAUCUCCGUUUAGGCGUCCGACCGAGGAAGCGCGGGCUGUUUACUUUUAGUUCCAAUCAAAGACGACUGUUUCGUAUUUUGGAUCACCGAGGCUGCGCCUGAAUAUAACGUGCAGACUUAUACAGCUAAGAAAAAUAAAAACAGUAAACAUUACAUCUGCUGUAAAAGUGCAUUUAAGAUAUAGCAACUAAAAUUGCAGAAAUGCCUUGUGAUUGUACCUAGUCAAUCGCUAUUCAUUAUGAUAAAUGUCAUUAAAUACAGAUCUCUAAAAUGCUGAUUGUGUGUAUAGGACUGUAGGUGUCGAGUAAACAUUUGGUUUAUUGCAUCAGUCCAGAUUUCACUGUAUUAAGAGAGCCAAAGCAGACUGUAUUGAUGAACUUAACCUUGAUUCGUGUAUUGGGAUCCCAAAUAAACAGAUGUA